GUACAGCGCAUUCAGUGUAGGGAGAAGCAGGGACUCACUCAGAGGGAAAGUUUGUUACUAUGAAACUUAGGAAUAUUUACAAAAUAUAUGCAAAAUUAUCAAAAUCCCUCGUGCAUCAAUAACUUGCCCCACGGGUGCCAGGUUUUAGGCUUAGUUUUGCCGGAAUGGGCUUCUACACUCACUAUUCUUACACUUUUUUGAAAGAAUGUGUGAGACAGACAGUUAGCCAGCCUGCUAGCUAGCUAGCUAGCAGAGAGGUGAGACAGGCGGCAGGAGAACAAAAGAUUUUUUUUGCGCUUUGGCCGGUUGUACUGACACCAAGUCCAUGCAGAACGCGUCAUUACCACCACAAUGCCCGUUUUACUUUUUCUGAUAGACACGUCCGCUUCAAUGAACCAGCGCACCCAUCUGGGCACUACCUAUCUGGACAUAGCAAAAGGCGCUGUUGAGACUUUUAUGAAGCUCAGAGGGAGAGAUCCGGCGAGCCGAGGGGACCGGUAUAUGUUGGUAAAUUUUGAGGACGCUCCGUUCGGGAUAAAGGCUGGAUGGAAAGAGAGCCACGCCACUUUCAUGACAGAGCUGAGGAACCUCCAAGCAACCGGGCUCACAACUUUUGGCCAGUCCUUGAGGACCGCUUUUGAUUUACUCAAUCUCAAUAGAUUAGUCACUGGGAUAGACAACUACGGCCAGGGAAGGAAUCCUUUCUUCCUUGAACCUGCCAUCAUAAUUGCAAUCACUGAUGGCAACAAAUUGACGGGCGGCAGCGGCGUGCAGGAUGAGCUCCAUCUGCCUCUGACCACCCCGCUGCCAGGGAGCGAGCUGACCAAGGAGCCGUUCCGGUGGGACCAGCGGCUGUUCGCCCUGGUGCUGCGUAUCCCCGGCAACACCUCGGUGGAGCCCGAACCGCUCAGCGGCGUCCCGCCCGAUGACUCUCCCAUCACACCCAUGUGUGAGGUGACUGGAGGCCGUUCCUACAGUGUGUUUUCUCAGCGCAUGUUGAAUCAGUGCUUGGAGUCUCUGGUACAGAAAAUCCAAAGUGGAGUGGUGAUAAACUUUGAGAAGACUGGACCUGACCCUCCUCCGCUAGAAGACGCUCCAGCUGAGGCGCUGAAGUCCGGCCUGCAGCCUUGGCACUGCUGUCACAAGCUGAUCUACGUACGACCCAACCCUAAAACCGGCGUCCCCAUUGGUCACUGGCCCAUCCCCGAGGCCUUCUGGCCCGACCAGAACUCCCCGACACUCCCGCCCCGCUCCGCCCACCCCCACGUCCGGUUCUCCUGUGUGGACGCCGAGCCUAUGGUGAUAGACAAGGUGCCCUUCGACAAGUACGAGCUGGAGCCUUCGCCGCUCACGCAGUACAUCCUGGAGAGGAAAUCCCCUCACAUCUGCUGGCAGGUGUUUGUAAGUAACAGUGCCAAGUACAGUGACCUGGGUCAACCUUUUGGUUACCUAAAGGCUAGCACAGCUCUUAACUGUGUCAACCUGUUUGUAAUGCCCUACAACUACCCUGUGCUUCUGCCACUUCUGGACGACUUGAUCAAAGUGCACAAGUUCAAGCCGACCCUGAAGUGGCGCCAGUCCUUUGAGAACUACUUGAAGACCAUGCCUCCUUACUACAUCGGGUCCCUCAGAAAGGCGCUGAGGAUCAUGGGAGCUCCAAACCUUCUGGCUGACAACAUGGAGUACGGUCUGAGCUACAGCGUGGUGUCCUACCUGAAGAAGCUCAGCCAGCAGACAAAAAUCGAGUACGACCGCCUGAUCGCCUCGAUCGGCAAGAAGGCGCCCCCAGAGCUGGGCAUCAAGGUGCGAUGGCGGGGCGGCGGCAUCUCUUUAGCGCAGAGGCGGGACUUCAUCCAGCAGCUGCAGAGUCUCACCGGGGAGGCGCCCUCUCUGCCCAUGGAGCUCAACCCCAAAGAGUUUCAAGGUUUUCACCUGGCCCUGCUCAACAAGGGCCUGAAGCCUCAGAGCUUCAGGAAUCCCUACGACAUCCCACGCAGCCACUUGCUGGACCAGCUCAGCCGAAUGAGGAGAAACCUGCUCAACACCACCGUCUGCACCCUGCGAGGCCAGGACUCUGACCAACUCCACAGCGUACCGAUCGCCCAGAUGGGAAACUACCAAGACUUCCUCAAAGCUGCCCCCCAGCCGCUCCGGGAUGCCGAUCCCGAACAGCCCAAACGCUUGCACACGUUCGGAAACCCCUUCAAACUGGACAAAAAGGGCAUGAUGAUCGACGAGGCGGACGAAUUCGUGACGGGCCCGCAGAACAAGGGCAAGCGACCGGGAGAGAGCAGCAACAUGCCGGGCGGCGGUCCCAAAAGGCGGCGCUGCAUGUCGCCUCUGCUGCGUCUGGGCCGGGCCUACACCCCCCCGGUGACGCCUCCGGCCAGCCCCCGACACUCGGCAGAUACGGACGUCAACGACGGCGCACCAGAAGCCGAGCUGAUCAUCAACCACCUGAACCAGAACCACUACAGUCCGGACACGACCUCCGACCCCGAGGUGGAUAACCCGUCGGGGCCGGCCCACGUCCAGGAGAACCACAACUCGGCGGAUCCGCAGCUUUUCCGGCACAAGGACGAGGAGGAAGAGGGGGGCGAGCGGACGGGCGAGCCGCCGGGCAGCGAGGGAGGGGGGGAGAUGGUGCUGAUGGAGGACCAGACGACCCGGUUCCUGUCGCCCGCUGCGCUGAAGAAGCACAUUCACAGUGAAACGACGAAGGUCAACAACGAGCUGAGAGUGAUGAUCACUAAGGAGAUCAGAAAACCCGGCAGACACUAUGAGAAGAUCUUCCUCCUCCUGAAGCAGAUCCAGGGCACGCUGGACACGCGGCUCAUCUUCCUCCAAAACAUCAUCAAAGAGGCCGCCAGGUUCAAGAAGCGAGUUCUCAUCGAGCAGCUGGAAAACUUUCUCGAGGAGAUCCACAACAGAUCCAACCCCAUGAACCACGUGGACAUGCUCUGAGACCAACCGAACUGAACGGACCCCACAGCCCCGCCCACAACCCCUCUGAACCCACGUCGUCGUACUCCUCCCCUGACAUAGCAGGUGUUAAUCUCUGAAGGGUUACAAUUUAUUGUUUAAAUCCAGUUUGUACACUCCAUCAACCUGGAGCACUCCGCCACUCAGCCCCCCCCCCCCCCCCCCCCCCCUCCCCCAGACGCAUGUCAUUUGGGUCUGAGGCAGACUGAUGCUUAAUAAUAUUGCUGAAUAAUUCAGGUGUUGGACAAAGUGAACGGUUUUCCAGAGAGCUACAGCGAACCCCACGCAGAGGAAGGCGUUUUUUAAAAACGGGGGACAAAAAGCUCAGGAACUGUCAUCGAUGCAUCAGCGUCAGCAAUAAGCUCUAGCCCCCCCCCCCCCCCCCCCCCCCACAUAUUUAUUUACGCCUGAAAGGGCCAAUAUGCAACACGAACUGCUGAGAGCAAUGAUGAAAUGAGGUCUCUGUUGCUGACAUAUUACUGACCCCCCCCCCCCCCUCCCCCCCCUCCAUCCCAUAUGAACUUCUCUCUGCCAUGAAUCGCAAACCAACUUCUUGUUGCACUUGUGUGAAUUUGAGAAUUAUUUAAUGUAAUUUAAAAAGAGAACUACAUUUUUGUUGCAAUUUAAGGAAAAAGGAAAAAAAUCUAUGUUCAGCGUUCUCAAAUGUACACAAAUAGGCCCUCGUCGAGGGUCUAGAGGUCAAAGGUUGAUUUCUGAUUCCAAUGGCCGCCCUCUUCCUCCGCCCUCCCCGGACAGGGACCAAAAUCUGCCAUACUUGUCUUUUAUUUGUGAAGAGGCCGCUACCAAAAGAGUAUUUUGAAUACACUGUAAAGAUGUAAAUAACCCUAGAGUACUAUUUAAAAAAAAAAGACAAGAUGUUCAGUGGAAAAUGGCCUUUUUGUAAGUAUUUCCAUAAAGUUUCUAUUUUACACUGUGAAGGGCCAUGUAAAUAAAGUGUUCCAUAAACAUU